AUGUUCUCAAUAACCCAAAGAUUCCAGACACUUUCUAAUACAGCGCUCACAUAUGCCAUUUACGUGGCCGUUGCUGUUGUCGCCACCUUCUAUUACCAGCUAUAUUUCGACGGAGCCUCGUCGGUUCCUGCAACGGUUGACAAUAUCUCGAUUAAGAGCCAUUUCAAAUCCAGUCGCUCAUUUGGAUCAAUGAAUAAGAAACCAAAAGAAAAUACCAAAUUGACUUUUGAUAUUGAUGCAGAUUUGUCCCCGUUGUUCAACUGGAACACCAAGCAAGUGUUUGUGUACUUGACUGCUGAAUACCCAGGUAAAAACUCUCAAGCCAGCAACAAAGUGACUUAUUGGGAUAAAAUCGUCACUUCAAAGGAAGAUGCUAACUUAGAAUUGAAAAAUCAAAGAUCGAAAUAUAAUGUUUGGGACGUUGAAAAGACUUUUAGAGGAAGAGAAGCCGUGGUUAGGUUAGAAUGGAAUAUUCAACCUCACAUUGGUCCUCUUGUUUGGGGUUCCACUGUCAGUAACGCUACGAUAGUCUAUCCAGAUUCAAAGGUUGGUGGUAAAUAG